CCCUCCCGCGCCCACGCCCGCGCCCGUGGUUGAUGUCGAAGCUCGAUGCGCACCCAGCCGCGCCGCCGCGAUGGCAUUAACUGCCAACGCGAGCGAGCUCGACUCCGGCGCAGUGCCCAGCUGUACCUCGGGCGCGCGUUGUCGACGGUCGUCGCUGUCUGUGGGCGCCGGCGCUCUGAAUACAAGGUCGCCAGGGCUGCUCGCGUGCCCGUCGCGUGGGGAUCGUUGUUGACAAGGACAGUCGACAGUCGACCGACUGCGAAACCUGCGGCCCUGGACUCCUCUCACGACGUGCGGUCGCGUGGCGGUUUUCUAACUUGAAGGCAGGUCGCAAGCGGGCUGCCCGCGCCAGCGUCCGAGGAUCAACUGAGACGCGACAUCUGCUGGUCGUGAUGUGUGGGCGCUGGAUCAUUAUAUGUCUCUGACUCGAGAUACACUGGAAGUAUGACCCCAAAUACUUCAUGCGCUACGGGAAAGACAACAACAAAUUCCUAUGGCACACAGUAUGCCUCUGUGAACUACUGAAUACCAGUGAACGAGUGUUUGAACGAUUCCGAACGAAGAGAUCAGAACCGUAUGCAGAUUCUGGGAUGCAUCACAACUCAUAAGCCUAGUUUGAGUCAGUCCUGCCAGUGCAAAACACUCUGCCGAACCUUCGUCAAAUCGGCAAUCCACCAAGGCGGC